CUUCGAGACUAUGACGUAACAGUGGGCGGGUUCCUUCUUGAGUUACAUUUCCUGGUCCAACAUUAGAUUGUGGACGUGAUAUUUAUAAUAUACUUAGAUAGACGCACAUUACAUACAUAUAAUAUUGAUUUAAAUGUGCUUGGUAUGUUUAUAUGUGCUUGGGGGUGCUUGGUAACACCCACCAUGGCAUGGUGAUCAUACCAUACAAGUGGUAUAUCACAGAGGCGGGCUUCAUGACUGACCAAUCACAGAAUCCAUUUAAAACUUAUGGGCCAAUCAAAAAUGAGUUGUUUCUAACGUUAUACCGAUCCGGAAGUUAUGUCCAAAUGUUAAAGUUAUGUUAUCCGGCUGUGUGGGUUGCUCUUAAUGUCAUGUUUCAAAGAUUUAGCGCUUUGUUAAGACCACAAGAUUCGACAAGCAUGUAAAUGCAAAUGUAACAGGCAAUUUGUACAUUUCGUGGCAGAUAUACUUAUGGCCCCAAUAACAAAAAAAAUCUUUAAUGGUUUACUUGCUUUCUAUCUAAGCUGGGACUGGGAAAAUAAACACAGUUGUUCAUUUCGCCUUUCGUGAGCUGUCAUUUUUGACCCUCAUUGAGUGCCGUAGCUUCAGAGGCGUUGAUAAGACUAUUGUGGUUGAAAUCAACCUGCACACGUCUGUCAUUCGGAUUAAAUCAACAAAACAAGAGGAAACUACUGACACUGGGCUGGAUAGGCGAAACAGGACAAAGUGGUGAGUUUCACUGUCAAAAGUGUGAUGUUGGUGUUUGGUGACGCGAGCUUCCUUGCUAGCUAGCUAACGGCAGCUAGCCUGCUAGCUAGAAGCUACAUUGAAGAAGAAAGACGCUACAGAGGAGAUACGUCGAUUUUGUUGGUGUGUCUCUUAAACUGUCAUCAACCGUCAUUUCUAUGUGAGUCCAGAAGAUAUAUCAGGCCAGUGGUUGUGAGGGUCAGCUGACUCCUAGCAGGCAGCAUGAGCUCCAAAGGUGGCGGGACCGCUCUGAGCCGCCGCAACUAUCGACUGUCAUCAGACACGGACAAGCCGAGAUCUACCGGUAUUGUGAACGAGAAGCUGCUGAGUGACUAUUUGCAUCAUGUCUUUCCUUCCGGAAAGCAAGGACCUGCUCUGGCCUCCCUCAGGAAGUCCUUGGCCUUCCAGGAUGUUGGUUCUCACCUGGAAAUGUUGUUGUGUGAAGGGGAAAGCGCUGAGGACAGUGCAGACCAGCCCGUAGAAGGUCGUCUGGGUCCCCAGCCGGUGGUUCUGGACCACACCAGUGGCUUCGAGGGUCUUCUAUUUGUAGAUGACGACCUACUGGGGGUGAUCGGGCACAGUAACUUCAGCUCCAUCCGAGCCACCACCUGCGUUUACAAAGGGAAAUGGGCGUACGAGGUGCUGAUAUCCUCCCAGGGUCUCAUGCAGAUCGGAUGGUGCACGCUCAGCUGUCGCUUCAACCAGGAGGAGGGCGUAGGCGACACCCCCGAUUCUUACGCCUACGACGGGAACAGAGUGCGUAAGUGGAACGUGACCACCACCAACUACGGGAAGUCGUGGGCGGCGGGGGACAUUGUCAGCUGUCUCAUCGACCUGGACGAAGCCACCAUCACCUUCUGCCUGAACGGCCAGUCUCUGGGCACAGCCUUCAGCGACAUCAAGAUGGGUCCCGGCGUGGCGUACUUUCCCGCCAUCAGCCUCUCCUUCAAGGAGUCGGUGGCGUUCAACUUCGGAAGCCGACCUCUCAGGUAUCCCGUGGAAGGCUACCUGCCCCUGCAGGACCCCCCCACUGCUGACUUGAUAAAAGCUCACAAGCUCCUGGGCUACAUCAAGAACGUCCUGUCCACCACUAUCGAUACUCAGGAGGAGCGUCUGCUGGAGAAGGAUUGUUCCCUUUGGAGGCUGCACGGAGAACCAACAGUCCUCAUCACGUUGGCUCACAUCUUCAACCACUUUGCUCCUCUCAUGUGUAAAGUUUACCUGGUGGAGGAUGUCCUCAUGAACUUCCUGCUGGGGAUUCUGGAGGGUGGAGGUUCUGUGGAUGAACACCCGCUCAUACAACAGCUGCUGGAUCUCUUCUGGCUCCUCAUGGAGGACUACGAGGUGAACGAGUGUCUGAAGCAGCUGAUGAUGUCAUUGUUGAGGGCCUACCGCUUCUCCCCCAUCAUCCCUGACCUGGGCUUCCAGAUCCACUACCUGCGUCUGACCACUGCCAUCCUGCGCCACGAGAAGUCCAGGAAGUACCUGCUCAGCAACGUCUUAUUCGACGUGCUGCGCUCCGUCGUCUUCUUUUACAUCAAGACGCCGCUCAGAGUGAAGGAGGCGGGGCUAGAGGAGCUCAUCCCCACCACCUGGUGGCCAACGCACUUUGAUAAGGAGGGCAAAGACGAGCGGGAGCCCAAAGAUGAAAGCUCUGAUGAGCGUUUGAGGCGGCGAGCUUACGAGCGAGGGUGUCAGAGGCUGAAAAAGAGAAUAGAAGUGGUGGAGGAGCUGCAGGUGCAGAUCCUCAGGCUGCUGCUCAACAACAAGGACAAAACUACGGGCCAAGCGUCACGCUACAUUUUCCUCAACAAGUUCCGCAAGUUCUUGCAAGAGAAUGCCAGCAACAGAGGGCAUCCUACAGCUCUCUGCCCUCCAGAGUACAUGGUGUGUUUCCUGCACCGCCUCAUCACGGCCGUGCGAGCCUGCUGGGAUGAAAGCAGCAGGAAGUGCCCGGGCAGCAUCAACAGUGACGUGGCCUACGUCCCACCCCAGCUCUUCUAUAACGGGAAGGUGGACUACUUUGACCUGCAGAGGCUGGGGGGUCUCCUGUCCCACCUCAAGAAGACACUGAAAGAUGAUUUGGCGAGUAAAGCCAACAUCAUCAUCGACCCCGCAGAGAUCCAGGCUACGUCCAUGGAUGACCUUGAUGAAGAUGAGGAGAGCGGCGCAGCACAGAGGCCGUUUGGCGCGGUGGCGAUGGGCGGAGCUCUAGCGAGACCCAGCUGGCUGAGCUCGCCCACCCUGGGUCGAGCCAAUCGCUUCCUCAGCACGGCCGCCGUCAGCCUCAUGACACCCAGGCGACCCCUCAGCCAACCCGAGAAGGUCAAAGUUCGCACCCUUGCUGUGGAGCAGCGCACCGAGGAGGACAUUGAGGGUAGCCAUGGUAACGACGGCUUGUUGCUUGGGCGACCUCUGGAAGAGUCGGAUCAGCCAAUGGCGGACAAGUCCCUGCUGGAGAUCAUUGAUGGCGUUGUGAUGAUGUACAACCUGAGUGUCCAUCAGCAGCUGGGGAAGAUGGUGGUGGUAGCCGACGACGUUCACGAGUAUGCAGCAGCACUGAAGGACACGGAGGAGAAGAUCGCACGAUGCCCCACGAGAAGGUCAGACAUCCUGGAGGAGCUCCAGAAGAGUCAGAAGGUGUUUGCUGAGAAGUUGAACCACCUGAGCAGGAGACUGGCCUGGAUCAACGCCACCAUCUACUCUAAGGAGAAGAUGUUGGACAUCUACUGGCUGCUGUGUGUGUGUAUACGCACCAUCGAACACGCAGACAACACAGGCUCAUUGUUCGCCUUCACGCCGGAGUUGUACCUCAACGUCGCCAUGAAUGCGUACAGCGCUCUGAAGAAUUACUUCAGUCCAGCCAGCAGCAUGGAGGAACUACCAGGCUACGAGGAAACUUUGACUCAGCUGGCUGCCAUCCUCUCCAAGCACUUUGCAGACCCACGCAUUGUUGGAACAGACAUCAAAGAUUCACUGAUGCAGGCGCUCGCCAGCUACGUCUGCUACCCCCAAUCCCUGAGGGCGGUGGAGAGGAUUCCGGAGGAGCAACGCGUCGCCAUGAUGAGGAACCUGCUGGCGCCGUACGAGCAGAGACCCUGGGCCCAGACCAACUGGAUUCUUGUCAGGCUGUGGAGGGGUUGCGGUUUUGGCUACCGGUAUACUCGCUUGCCUCACCUGCUGAAGACCAAACCUGAAGACGCCAACCUUCCCAGCCUCCAGAGGGAUUUGUCCAUUGCUAGUUUCCAAAAGCCGUGUCCCUCGCUGCUGCUGCAGAGACACAUGGCCCAGCUGCUGAGUGUGGACAAAGACAUGGCCGCCUCCUUCCUCAACAGCGUUCUCAACCAGCUCAACUGGGCUUUUUCCGAGUUCAUCGGCAUGAUCCAGGAGAUCCAGCAGGCGGCCGAGCGUCCGGAGAGGAACUUUGUAGAUACGCGUCAGCUGAAGGUGUGCGCCACUUGUUUUGACCUGUCCGUCAGUCUACUGAGGGUUCUGGAGAUGACGGUCACUCUGGUUCCAGAGAUCUUUUUGGACUGGUCCCGUCCGUCCGCCGAGCUCCUGCUUCGCCGGCUGGCUCAGCUGCUGAACCAGGUGCUAAAUAGAGUGACCGCAGAGAAGAACCUUUUUGACCGCGUCGUCAACUUGAGAUUGCCAGGUCUGGAGAGUGUCGAUCACUACCCCAUCCUGGUGGCUGUCACAGGCAUCUUGGUUCGAGUCCUGGUGGAUGGCGACCGUCAAGGGACGUCCCGGGCGGCAUCCGUGCUGCUGUCGGACCCGUGCUUCCAGCUUCACUCCAUCCAGCACCUUCUAGGAGAGGGAGGAGACUCGUGCGGCUCAGCGCCGCCACUGCUUUCCACUGGCAGCCGUCCGGUCGUGAGCGCCCUGGCGUCCUCUGUGGCUCCGCCCCUACCCUCUGCCUCCGGAGCCAUCGGCCCGUUGGAGCGUAAACACUUCUCUCUGCACGCAUACAGUGACUACAUCAGCCAGGAGGAGAAGCAGAAGGUGGAGCUCAUGUUGGCGUUUCUCACUGAAGAAUCACAACAGGCUGCGGCCAGCACGGCGCCCACAAGCGAGGAUGACCUUUGCCCCAUCUGCUACGCUCACUCCAUCUCGGCCAUCUUUGAACCCUGCUCGCACAAGUCCUGCAAAGCGUGCAUCAACCAACACCUGAUGAACAACAAGGACUGUUUCUUCUGCAAGGCCACCAUCACCGCUGUGGACGAUUACUGCAAGCCCACCUCUGCCUAACACACACCAGACUAACGUUCGUUUUGGUAGUCUCUCUCUCUCACACACACACACACACAUGUGUGCGCACACUUUCUGCACGAGGAAGCAGGAUUUGUUCUUAAUGUGACGCUUCCACGCAAACUUCCACGUCUGAGAAGCAGACUAUGUCCACAUAAAAACACCAUCAACCAAGAGGGCAUCACAGCCUUUAAAACCCCGCCCAUUGGCCAAUCAAAUGAUGUCAUCAUUUCUGAUCAUAGAUAUAUGAUGAAUUCAUAUUCAGAUUCCUAAUUCUGCCCGAGUCAUCAGUACAGUGACACAUUCAUCAUCGUAUUUAAGGGAAUAAUGAUUAUUAUGACAUGAUUAUUGAUUUUAAAUCGUAUUCUGGACACUUUAUGUUGAAUUUAUCGGCACUUCACUUCAGCCUCCCUAAAAUAUUCUGUAGCCCGUCGGUACCAUUUACACCACAUCUUCAAACAUUCUGAAUUAAUUCAAUUUUCUUUUUUUUUACACACUCAGAGUGUGUAUUACGAUUCGUUUUUGCCGAAACAAUUCAAGGACCAUAUUGGUUCAUAACAGCCGAAACGAUUCAGUCACUUUUUAGCCAAAACUUCAAUCAGUCUGACUGAGGUUUUUGUAAGGGAAUCAAGUAUACAUUAAUUAUGGAUAUGAACCAACACAUAAACAGCAAUUCAUCUAGUCUGUGAUUAAUUCUACCUGAUAAAACAUGAUUCCUCAUUCACUUCUCUACUCCAAAGUAAUCCAGAAUUGAGAGCAAUUUUGAGAGCAAAUUGUUUACAUUUUCAAAGAUGUUAGAUUGAUAUGUCGUCUGGAAUGGCAACAUGCUGAGCACAGAUAGAUGGGAGUUGGAUCAUAGGAAUAUAAAUCAAUACAUCGAUGUAGUGGAUGAACGCCUCGUACACACGUAUUUACUUUCCUUACUCUCUCUCUCGCACACACACACACACACACAUUACAGAUGCCAAGAUCAAAUCCUCACUAAAACAACUUCUCACUCUGAUGUUUUUCCUCCCUCUGGGGUGUCAGCCAGCUGGCAUCACACACACACCAUUCAGUGUUUAAUGUCAUAGAACUUGUAGACUGACGUGUGUGUGUGUGUGUGUGUGCGCGUGCAUUAAAUUAUUUAUUCAAAACAAUACUUUUUUGUCAGGACACUAUCAUACACAUUCUAAACGCUCAUUCUGACUACACUAGGUGAGGUGGUAUUUGUACACGGGGAGAAAAUAAAAGC